UCGGCCUGUGUGUUCUGCUUGAUACACACAUGCAGAGUCACUUAGUCGGUUGUGUUCCUAGGGGCUUCCGUAUAUUUCACUGUAAUUUAGGGAAAAAAGAAAACAACAAAGCAACAUGCCCGCAAAUAAAUAGCUAUUUUGCUAUUUAGCGCUGCCAUCGUUGUUUCCCCAGGUUAUUUUCUUAUUGUCAUUGUAUUUAUUGUUAGUACCACUGCAUUUCUAUUAUUACAACACGAAUUUGUAUUUGAUUAUGUGGAGCAAGAGGUUAUUAAACAGCUGGAUCUGUCGUUUAUCGAAGGUUAAUAAUGAAUUAAAGUGAAAAAACUAGGAAAGACACAAUGCUGAUCAGCUCAACAAGUUGAGAGCAGUCUCUAGCCUCGCUGUUAAUCCAUAAACUUAAUAAAAUAAAUAAAGAUGACUGAAAAGGACAAAAACGUGAAAGACACCGAUGAAGAUCCCCCAGCACCUGAUAGGCCCCCCGAUGUCACAACCGAAGAGGACAGACAAUUCCUCAUGGACUACAUCAAAGAACUCGAGCAGAGAUUGGCAUCCAAAGAAGAAAUCCGUUCAGCCAAUUUGAAUCCAACGAGGCCCCCAGACUCGUUCUUCAGCAAGCUCGACUCAAACCUCAAGAAGAACACAACUCUCGUGAAGAAACUGAAGACCUUCAGUGCAACCCAGCUGGACCAGCUCCUAAAAGACAUGAGCAACUUGAAUCUAACAAAAUACAUAAGUGAAAUAGCCACUGCCCUGGUAGAUGCCAAGCUCAAGAUGACAGACGUUCAACCAGCCAUAAAAGCCUGCUCAUUCCUCCACCAGACGUACGCAGAAUUCUCCAGCCAUUUCUUUGAGAAUUGGCAGAGAGUGCUGUGCCUCAAAGUCGGAGACAAAAUCGCCAACCCCAGUAAACUUCGUGUUGACCUCAGGUUCUACGCUGAACUGGUGAAUGCUGGUAUUUUCACUCACAAACAGGGUCUCUCCCUCCUGGGAUCAGUCCUCACAGUACUGAUAAACAUGGACAAGGAGGAGCACAACAAUGCCAGCAUAAUCCUGAGCUUCUGUCGCCACUGUGGCGAGGAUUACGCUGGUCUGGUACCAAGACGUGUUCGUCAGCAGUCGGAGAAGCUCAACAUCCCAAUACCAAAGAGCAAACUUCUGUCACCAGACAAGCAGCAGAAUGUUCGAGCAUUACUGCGAGAAUACUACAACUCCCUGUGCAAGCACCUGUUGAAGGAGCACAAGGAUGUGCAAGCGUUCGAGAAACAGAAUAGAAAAAUUCUCCAGACAAGGGGUGAGUUGAGUGCAGAGAGAAAAGAGAGGUUCGAAGCCCUCCAGGUUUCCUACGAACGUCUAACAACGAGUGUUCAGAAUUUCGCUGAGACCCUGGACGAGAGCAUUCCAGAGUUGCCAGUCGAUACUGAGGUCAAAGCAGAGACAGAGGAGUCCCUGAAGAUGAUCAGUGAGGGGGAGGAGAACAGCACGAUGGAGGACAUGUGGGGGGACGAGGAGACCAGGAGAUUCUACGAAGUUCUUCCUGAUCUCACGGUUUUUCUACCUGGCUCCUACCUCAAAGAAGUACCUAAGGCAGAAACACCAAUCACUGAAGAAGCCCUCGACGAAGAAAUAACGUUCGAUGAGCUUGAAGAGAUUGAUAAGGUGGAGGAGCCAGAGACUGAGAUUGAGGAGCCCCAGGUGGCCAAUAUCAGCAACAAAAUUCUUCUCGAUGCCUUCUUAACUCAUCUACCCAAUUGUGUUAAUCGAGAGAUGAUUGACAACGCUGCUGUUGACUUUCUCAUAAACUUAAAUACAAAACACAACAAGAAAAAACUGAUAAAAGCCCUCUUCGGUGUCUCACGAAUUCGGUUGGAUCUGUUACCAUUUUACUCUCGAAUAGCUGCUAUUCUCUACCCAGUGAUGCCAGACGUGGGGAAUGAACUGUGUACAAUGCUCAAACAUGACUUCAAGUAUCACGUGAGGAAAAAGGAUCAAAUUAACAUUGAGUCCAAGGUCAAGGUCGUCAGGUACAUCGGGGAACUGGUCAAGUUCAAACUUUACUCCAAGAUCGAAGCUCUCUACUGCCUCAAGGUUCUGCUUCACGAUUUCACUCAUCAUCAUAUUGAGAUGACAUGCAAUUUGCUGGAGACGUGCGGUAGGUUUCUGUUCUGCUCCACGGAUUCUCAUCAGAGAACUAAAGUCUACUUGGAACAGAUGAUGAGGAAGAAGGCUGUGACUGCUCUGGACUCUCGUUAUGUCACGAUCAUCGAGAAUGCUUAUUAUUUCGUGAACCCACCAGAGUCUACUGGGGGUGUGACGAGGAAGGAGCGUCCCCCCAUGCACGAAUUCAUAAGGAAGCUUUUGUAUCAAGAUCUGUCGAAGACGAAUACAGAUAAAGUGCUGAAGUGGAUGAGGAAACUCGAUUGGGAGAAUGAGAACAUCUCGAUGUAUGCGAUUAAGUGUCUUACAGCUGCCUACAACGUGAAAUACUUGAAUAUAAGGUGUGUGGGGAGUCUUCUGGCUGGACUGGUGGCUCACUACGAGGCCAUAGGUCCCAACGUAGUUGACGGUGUCCUCGAGGACAUCCGCAUAUGCAUGGAGAUCAAUCUCCCAAAGUACAAUCAACGUCGCAUUGCAAUGGUGAAAUACCUCGGCGAGCUCUACAACUACAGAAUGGUGGAGAGUGGCGACAUAUUCAGGACUCUCUACCUCUUGAUAACCUUCGGGGUGAGCAUGGAUCACACAGCACCGAGUGUUCUCGACCCCCCGGACCAUCUAUUUCGCAUAAGACUCGUGUGCACACUGCUGGAGACCUGUGGUCAGUACUUCAGUGGUGGCUCCAGCAAGAAAAAGCUGGACUACUUCCUCAUCUUCUUUCAGAAUUACUACUGGUUCAAAUACACUGAUCCUAUUUGGACGGCGGAAAAUCCCUUUCCAAUUGGAAUUGAUUACAUGUAUCGUGACACUCUGGCCAUGCUCAGGCCGAAAAUCCAACUCUUCCAGAGUUAUAAAGAGACUCAAGCUGCUAUUGAUGAGUUGAAGAACACUCUUUAUCCAACGUUGGACGUUAACAGAGGGGAUGCCGAACGAGGGGAGUCUGAUUCUGAUAUGGGCACCAUUUUAGAAGCUGAUGAAGAGCAAACUGCUGUCAUUGGUGAUCUUCAUUUCGAGGAGUCGGAGGAUGUUUCGGAGGCCCACUCGGACGAAGACUGGAUCAUGGACCCUGAGAGGGAUGAGAAUCACGGAACUGGGGAGAAUACUCAAGGGGAUCAGAGCCUCUCCCAGGGUAUCAACGAGGGGGUGAUUCUGGAUGCCGCUGAGUUGGAUGCUGCACUGCCAGCAGGACCCAAACGCGUCAGUUGUCCUGAGGACGAUGAUUUCCUAUCUGCACUCGAUAAGAUUGUCUCUGAUAAUAUUCAGGACAGAAUGCGGGAUAAUGUCAAGCCUCAACAAGUCGAUAUUUCAGUUCCCAUUCAUGUGAAGAGCACCAAGAAGACGUAUGAGCAGCUCCAGGAGGGACCGUCGGACAAUUCUACUGUGGAUUUUGUUCUCAUGCUGAGGAAAGGGAACAAACAGCAGUACAAGAAUCUCGCGGUUCCAGUUUCUUCGGAGCUCGCUAUGAAUCUACGAAAUAGGGAGCAGGAGCAGAAGGAGGAGAAGGAACGGGUCAAGAGGCUGACGUUGAAUAUCACUGAGAGACAAGAGGAGGAGGAUUACCAGGAGACUAUUAAUCAGGGAACGAGACCAGUCACAGUUAAUCUUAAUCGCGAGAGAAGGCAGAAAUAUAAUCAUCCCAAAGGGGCACCUGAUGCCGAUCUCAUAUUUGGACCCAAGAAAAUUCGAUGAGGAAUUGCCGUAUUUUUCGUUCUCUCUGCCGUUUAUGACACGUAUGAACAAAUUUCAUAGCAGAACCUAGCGGUUUUUCGGAAGAAUUCUGUUGAAUUACUGGUGGCAUUCUAGAAGAAUUCUUUAAAAGUUCUAUUGCAUCAUUAUAAAAACAUCAUUUUUUUAUUUUAUAACAAUUGAACUUGAGGAAUUAAUAGAAAUAAUCUCAACAGAAUAAAUUGUA